AGCGCAGAACGCACACUUACUAUAUUGCCUGUCGGUCUCCGCCGCCUCCGAUCGAUUUCUCCGGCGUUGUUCUGCUUGUUCCAGAUUGAGAUGGCUUACGAGGAGCAGUACAGAAUGCAGGUUCAGGCACCGAAGUACGAAUGUCUCUUGUUUGAUCUCGAUGAUACGCUUUAUCCUCUGAGCUCUGGUCUGGCGGCUUCUGUUCUUACCAACAUCAAAGUAUAUAUGGUUGAAAAAUUGGGGAUAGAAGAGAGCAAAAUUCCUGAAUUGUGCGAUUUACUGUACAAACAUUAUGGCACUACAAUGGCUGGUCUUAGAGCAAUUGGCUAUGAUUUUGACUAUGAUGAAUAUCACAGUUUUGUCCAUGGAAGAUUGCCUUACGACAACCUCAAACCAGACCCUGUCCUGAGAGGCCUUUUGCUCAGUUUGCCCAUCCGAAAACUCAUCUUCACCAAUGCCGACAAGGCGCACGCCGUCAAAGCGCUUAGCAAGCUCGGCCUCGAAGACUGUUUCGAAGGUAUCAUCUGCUUCGAGACGCUAAAUCCGACCAAUCAUCGCAGCACCAUGUCCAAAUCAAGCUCCGAGAUAUUCGACCUCAUCGGACACUUCUCUCGUCCAGACACAGCAAACUCUUCAUCCACUCUUCCCGACAGUCCUGUCGUCUGCAAACCAUCAGAAUCCGCCAUUACCACCGCCCUCCAGAUUGCCUGCAUCGAUCCUCAUAGAACAAUCUUCUUCGAGGACAGUGUCCGAAACAUCCAAUCCGGAAAACGUGUAGGACUCCACACAGUGCUGAUCGGAAAAUCUCAGAGAGUUAAAGGAGCAGAUUACGCACUGGAAAGCAUCCAUAAUCUCCGGGAAGCCAUUCCUGAGCUCUGGCAAGCAGCAGACAAUCUUAACCAAAUCAAUUUCUCUUCAGGCAUUGCUGUCGAGACUUCUGUCUUAGCUUAGCUUAAAUUUUCAUCACUUCAUCAUCAAUGGCCUAAUCAGGCCCAGCAAAAGCAGCAGCAGCAGCCCAGCUCAAAAUUGGGCUGUGGAAGAUAACAAUGGCGAUUAUUUAGACAAAGAGGAUAAGGAAAAAAAAUAUAAUUAAACGUAUAUGAAAAUCGAU